AUGUAUGAAAUGGUAUUUGAUUGUAAUAUGUUACGUGCCAAGAAAUGCUGCUUCUGUGUGUCCCUGCAAACGGGCUGCAUUCUGUUCGCCCUCUUCCAGCUGUUCUGCUCCGGAAUGAACAUUGACUACAUUUUCAACCUAUUGAAUAAUACUGUUGCGUAUGAGUCCACAUAUGUGUUUCCAGCCCAGGUAACCCAGACAGUGCUGCAACUUGUGCCAGAUCUGUUGACAGUCGUCGCUUCGUUUGUCCUGCUGGCUGCCAUCAUAUCGCAAUAUCUGCCUCUGUUCUGGGUGCCCAUGCUGAUGCACUUGGUCCAGGUCACGUAUCUGCUGGUAUUCAGCAUUAUUUCAGCUGCGAUGGGCAAAAACUUGAUUGUGAACCAGAGCGUCGGGCACAAUAUAACCUAUUGGAUAUAUGUGGUUGCUUGGCUGGGAAUGACAUUGUAUUUUUUUUACAUCACAUACUCUUACUACCGGGAACUAAAGGCUGAGACAGCCCCAAGUGGCAGGGUUGUACAACUAUUGGAAAUAUAA